UUUCCAUUUUCCAUUUAUUCAAGCUCACUCUUUCUUCUCUUUCUUUUUUUCGUUUUUCUGCGUUGAAGGAACCCUUCCUUGCUCUCGUCACAGGCCUGAUCCGUCCUUCCGCCCCACAUUGAAUUUGAAGGUCCCCUCCCUUGACCUCCCUUCCCCGUUAACCUCCCUUCUUCCUUUCGGUGACAAGCAAGUAAUACCCGGAGCAUGGCCAUGGCGAUGGAUAACAACUCCUCCUCGAACACAAGCGGGCUGUUCCUAGGGGCAUCACAGGCAGAGUAUCUCGCCCUGCUCGCCCAGCACCAGCAGCAGCAGCAGAGUGAUCUGUUUGGCAUGGAGAGCACCGGCAUCGUGGACGACGCUGCCUCGUUUGGCUUUGAGUACGCCUCGACCUCGGAGCACGAUGCCGCCAUGAAUGCAGACUUGCCGCAGCUGCAGCAGUUGCAGCAGCAAGAUUUCCACAGCCAACCCGACAUGCUGUUCUCACCUCACAUGCAGCCGGUGGCCUUUGACGCGCUCAGCAUGCCCGUCAUGCCGGGCAAGUUUGACGACCAGUUCCUGAUGGAGGCGCUGCACGAGCCGCUGACCAGUCCUCACACGGCCCAGCAAGUUCAAGACGCCAAAGUGACGUUCGACAGCCGCGGUCUCUGGCCGCCGGUGGUUGUCGCCGAAAAGGAACAGUUCCAAUUCCGCAUCCGUGUCUGCCCAGAGUGGGUGGCUUGGCAAAGCUUGUCAGACACACACUUCAUUGUCGCGCAGCUGCGCAGCAACGACCGCGAGCUGCAGCCAUUCUGGUCUGCCCGCGCCGACGAGAAUGGCUGGGUCGAGUUUACUCACGUGUCUGUGCCCAACCAAAACGUCGCUCGCUGUCUCUGGAACUUUUUCUUCUACCGCAGCAGCUUGGUUGAGCCGAUCGAGUACACCCCUCCAAAGCUCCCAGAGCUCCGCAAUCCCUAUCACAUCAACCCGCCUGCCAUCAAAGUGUUUGCUUCACGCCUUCGCGCAGAGUCCCGUUCCAGCCCAAAAGGCGAGGCCUUUGCCUUCCCGCAAAGCGGCCCUGCCUUUGGAGCAUUUGUCUCGUCAACGCAAAUGAAUGCCGGCCUGCGCGGCGCGGCAAUGCCGAGCAUGAUGGCCGAGCCACGAUGGGUGCGUCUUGUCGCCCGCCCCGACGCUGACACGCAGUUCAAGCUGUGCCGGCACGCCGAGCAGCGCGACCUGCACGAGAAGCCGCAUCUGCUUGCAUUCGGCUGGCACGGCACCGCCACCUGCUCGCCCAUUCACCAGCGCAACGGCCAGGUCUUGUUCUGGGACGAAACCCACGUCGAUGUGGUUGCCCCCAUCUGGAACAAGGCAGAGCGCGUGCAUGUGACACCAGAGUACACGCUGGGCUCUGUCACCUCCGUUCCACGCGUUGGCUUUGAUUUCACCUUCUACGAGCCCAUUGUGAACGUCAACGACGAGCUGGGGCUUGUGUUGCUCGAAGACUUUCGCAGCCGGACUGGCACUGGGCGCGACUCGUUCGGUGAUAGCCGUGGCUUUGGGUUUGGCUCUUCUGGCGGCAGCCAGGACUAUGGUCAGAGCAUGAAUUUUGGCGGGUACGGCAGCGGCGGCGGCUUUGGCGGCAUGAUGUAUCAAACUGCUGGUACCACCACCACCACCGCCACCCCUGCUGCUGCUGCUGCUGCUGCUGCUGCUGCGCCUUCGUCGGAUGCCGGCCCGUCGGGCAAGUCAAUCGCACUCGAUGCUGUCGAGAGCAAGGAUUCCAAGACCGACGAACCUGUCGAUCGUAAUGCACAGGUCACGGCUGGCGACUACGAGCGCGAUCGCGGCCAUGCUGGCGGUGCCUCGCGAGGUGAUGCUUCCCGCGGCAACAAUGAUGCUGGCAACCACUCCAACCCCAAUUCGUUCAACGACAACACCCGCGAUGGAUCGAGCAACCGCAACAACGGCAGCACCAACAAUAACAGCAGUGGCAACAACAGCAGCAACAACAACAACAGCGGAAACAACAACAACAACAACCGCCCCGACCGCUCUCGACCAAUCAAUCCCAAUGCGUGCGACAGUACCGGCUUUGCUCCUUUGCACUACGCUGCGUCUCUUGGACGCGACGAUGACUGCCGGCUGCUUGUGACAACCUUUGGCGCCAACCCGAAUGUCAUUGACCGAAACGGAUUCACUCCGUUGCACUGGGCCGUGAUGAACAACCGAGGCAGCACUGUUCGCGUCCUCAUCGAGGAGUUGCAUGCCGCUCUCUCGAUUGUCGACAAGCGUUGCAUGAAUCCAUUCUACCUUGCCGUUGAGAAUGGCAACGUUGAGCUGGCCAACUAUCUUGCCUGUGUUGCCUCGACUCUGCCAGAAGCCGAGGCAGCAAUGGUGCUCAACUCGCCCGGUAUUGACGGCAACGCGCCGCUGCUGAAGGCUGCCAUGAACGGUUACCGGGAGAUGCUGACCUACUUUGUCUCCCUUGCCAAUGUUGACGUGUCUGUCACUGACGACAAGCAGCAGAACGUCGUCCAUCUGACGUGCAUCUUGCAGCGAACCGAUUGCCUCGAUGUUCUGCUCGAGGACGACCGCACUCGAUCGCUGGUCAAUAUGGGCGAUGCCAUGGGCACCACGCCGCUCCACUGGGCCUCCCACCUGGGAAAUCUGACAAUCCUGACCCGCCUCUUCUCUGCCGGCGCCCAGCUUGAUGUCGUCGACGCGUCUGGGCACUGGGCGCUCGAAGUGUGUCACGAUGCCCAGGUCGCACAAUGGCUUCGUGAGCAUGCACCUGUCGGCCUGCCAAUUCCAGACGAUUCGAGCAGAUACAACUCGAGCGGCUACGACUCUUGGGACGAAGAGGACGAGGAUGAGGAUGACGAGGACGCGGAUGAUGUCGAACUUGGCGGACAUCCUCAGCAGCAGCAACAGCAGCAGCAACAGCAACUACAACAGCUACAACACCAGGUUGCUGUAGCUCCGCUUGCUGACGGUAACGCGCCUUCUCUCACACACCAACUCGCGCCAGCUCACCGACAGACGGCGGCUCAGCUUGUUGCAGAUCACCCACGUGAGCAACUCGAUCGGACAAGCGCAACAGCAGCGCACAGUGAUCCCACCGCCGGAGAUGUUUUCGCCGCCAUUCAGCUGUCACCCAGCGAAAUCAAGAAGCGUUCGGAGGCGCUCAACGAGAAACUCGAGCUCGCGAGUCGUCCCCAAUCCCUUUUGUCCACGAUUUUGCAACAGAAGGAUCCGCGCAUGUUCAUCAACACCACUUCGAUGGUGGUGGCUGCUCCCAUGCUGAUCGACUCCGAGAUGCCGGAAGACGCCGUUCGCGCUCUCACAACCCCCGCCGCCAGCCACUCGCGCGCUGCUGCCGCCGCAGCCGUUCCUCCUGUCAUCAUCUUUCCGCCACAAUUGGCUGACAAGCCGCUAAACCCCAGCGUUGCACGAUCGGCGCUAUUCGACGUCCUCGCCGAGAACUCGAGCAUUGCGCUCGUUGUCGGUGGUCGCAUUGGCUCGGGCAAGUCUUGCUUGCUGAACAAUGUUGCAGGAAUCAACUGGACAAAGGAAGGGACCUCUGGUCUGGCGACGACGCGCGGCAGCCAAGUGCUGACCUUGCGGCAAGGCACUAAGAAAAUCCACAUGCUCGAUACGGAAGGCAUUGAUUUCACGGCUGCAAGCGGCCUUGGAGCGCGCCGCUCCGAAGUCUGGCACAUGCUGUCUGGCCUUCUCAGUGACCGAGAGCUGCCCAACCCCGUCAUGUGGUACUGUGUGUCUCCUACCGAUGUGUUGGACGAGCACGAGAAGCGUUUAAUCCAUUCGUACCGCAUCAUCAUGCCUGUUUUGUUUGUCGUCACUCGCGGUGGCUCGGAUGAGGCUCUCGCGAAACGCUCUCAGCUUCUCCAAGCGCAAGAUUAUCGCCAGGCGGAUGUUGUCAUGGUCAAUUCGCGCGCUCGUCCCGCGACCCUGCCGCUGUCGUCUGCCGCUUCGCCACAGUCGUCGUCGGCAUCGACGCCAAUGUCCCCUGCCACCCCGCGCUCCCCUCAUUCUCAGCGUGCCGGUGGUGCGUCUUCCACUGCCAGCCAAAGCCCCGGUAGUCGAACGAGCGGCCAAGGAUUUUUGGCUUCUCCGUUCGUCCCAAACACUCUGGUCACCUUGUCGUCCAGUCCGCAGGACGCCAGUCCUUCUUUGGCAUCGCGAACCAUCCCAGAGUCUGGUCUGGAGGAUCUCGCCGAGGCCACCGUGCUGGCGCUGACAGGACCCACCUUGUCACGCACCUUUGCUCAAUCAGAGCUGGGCAUCUUCCAACGUGCGCUUGGCAUUGUCGCUGGCGCCGCGGCAGUCACGGCUGCCAACGUUGUCGCCACUAGCCCCGCCCAUGAGGUCCAAGACACCAUGUCGGUAUUCUCAGCCCAGGCGAGCAUGAUGCUGGCAAUCGCCAGAGUCUUCCUCGUGCCUUCGGCCAACGAAGCGGCGAUUGCUGAUGCCCGCUCGAUGCUCUCCACUCUCCUCGGGGGUGCUUGGUCGCCCAACAUUCCGACAAGCGCCAUUGAUGUCGCCCGCAAGAUUCCAGGCCUUGAAGGUGCUGCGGGUCCCAUGCCUGUCCGCUCUUCCUUCACCAUGACGGCAGCUUUGGGAAUUGCCGUCAUCAUGUCCGUACGCGCUUCCAUCCAUGCGGGUCUGCCGACCCGCUUUGACAAGGAUCUUGCUGCGAGCACGGCUGGCGUGUUCUUCCCGCUUGUUCGCAUGGGAGCCGACAAAUUGGCAUCGUUGCUUUCGAAAGCGGCUGCAAAUCCCGGCCAAGUGGAAAAGGACUUGCAAAAUCUGUCCUUUUGAGCGACUGUCUCUGUCUUAGUUUGUUUUGCUUGUUAUUUCUUAUUGUUUAUCUUGUUAUGUCUGCUCGUUGUAAAGACACAUGCUUUUUUGCCUUUAAAAAUUGCCUUUGUAUUGUUCAACAUGGAUUUUCAAUCAUC